AUGGGUGCCUCCGUGGAGUUGGCGCUGUGCUGGACCGGGGAGCCGCUGCCGGAGCCUGCGCCGGUUCCGGUGCCCUUCUUCCACGGCCAUGUGUUUGAGAACGCGUCGCCGGGUUCUCGGGUCAACGGGCUGAGCGUGCCGCUGCGGAGGCUGAAUUCCCAGCGGCGGCAGUGCGGCGCCGGCGUCUCCGAGCCGCACUGGAGGCUCGUGGGCGACGGCGCCGACAAGUUUCGCGUCUUGGCGCACCACAACCGCGGUCACAUCCUGCUCAGGACGAGCGACGUUCUGGACCGGGAGGAGCGGGCUGAAUACGAGCUGGGGAUCGGCAUGUGCUGCGCCGGCUGGUGCGGGGAGGCGGCGUCGGUCAAAGUGGACGUGCUGGACAUCAACGACCACCGGCCAGCCUUCCAGGACAGCGACGUGCGGCUGAGCCUGGACGACGCCACGCCGCUGCGCACGGUGGUCUACACGGUGAGGGCGCGGGACGAGGACAGCGGCAAGAACGCGGAGCUCUUCUACUUCGCCAUGCCCAAGAACGGCACGUUCUACGUGGUGCCCAAAAGCGGUGACAUCCUCCUGGUGGACUCCAUCCUGGGUCGGGACUCACCCAUCAAGUUCACCGUGUUCGCUCGGGACCGAGGCUGGCCGCCUCGCACCAGCGGAGGCGUCAACGUGGAAGUCAGCCCUCGCCAAUGGCCCCGUGCCACCCGGGGCGAAGCGCCCCCCGCCCGGGCAUCCAGGUCCGUCCAGGACGCGGAGAGCAGCCCGCUUUUCAUCAACGUGUCGGAGGACGCGGGCAUCGGCUCGGUGGUGAUGAACCUGAACCCGGUGCGCUUCCAGGCGGCCGCCUUCGAGCUGAUGGACGCGGAGAGCUCGCCGGUCAGCGUGGGCAGGGACACCGGGGAUAUUGUCAUUGCACGCCGGCUGGACCGAGAGACCGAGCCGCUGGUGGAGAUCAUCGUCAGAGUGCACGACAAACGAGGCCCGGACUGGUACCCGGUGCGAGUGGAACUAACGGUGACGGACGUGAACGACAACGUUCCCGAGUGGCGCAUGGUCCCGGAGCCGUACCUGGCUGUGGUGUCCCCCGACGCCGCCGCCGGCUCGCUGGUCUACCAGCUGCACGCGCAGGAUGGCGACGAGGGCCUCAACGGCGACGUGGAGUUCUUCCUGGCGGACGGUGGGGACGGGCGUUUGGAGGUGGAGCGCCAAAGCGGCCAGGUGCGCACCACGGGCUUGCCGCUGCAGCGCGACCGCGAGUACCUGCUGACAGUGGUGGCCGCCGACCGACUGGGCGCCCGCAGCGUCCCCGCCGUGCUGUCGGUGGUGGCGGGGCCCAGAGCGCCGCAGUUCACCAACGCCUCCUUCACCGUCACCGUUCCGGAGAACACGCCCGAGGGACAGCCGUUCCUGGCGGCGACGGCCGUCUCCUUCCAGAAGAAGCCCAUCAGCUACAGCCUGCUCAUCAACCCCAGCAGCCUUUUCUCCAUCUCGCCCGAGGACGGCCAAAUCAGCCUGACCCGGCCCAUCGACUACGAGAGCGACCAGCACCGCUACCUGCUGCUGGUGCGAGCCGGCGAGGGUCAGGACGGCAUGAGCAGCGCCGCCGAGGUGCGAGUCAUCAUCAUGGACGAGAACGACUGCGUUCCCGAGUUCCUGCAGUCCAUCUACAGCAAGGACGGCGUUCCCGAAACCGUCAUGACGGCCACGUCACUCCUUCAAGUUUCUGCCAGCGACUGCGAUUCAGAGAAGAAUGCGGAGCUGACGUACUACACGCUGAGCCCCGACUUCACCGUGUCGCCACACGGCACCAUCUUCCCGGCCGGGCCUUUGGACUACGAGAGGCCCAACCACCUGUACGAGUUUGUGGUGAUGGCGGUGGACAAGGGCGAGGUGGCUCGCACCGGCACGGCCACCGUGAGGGUGCGCAUGGCCAACGUCAACGACGAGCCUCCUGACUUCUCGCAGCACGUCUACCGGACGUUCGUGUCGGAAGACGCCGGGCCCAACACGUUGGUGGCCACCGUGCUGGCCAAGGAUCCCGACGGAGACGGCAUCACCUACCGCAUCGCCUCGGGAAACGAGGAGGGCAACUUUGUUAUCGACAGCCAGAAAGGUUUGAUCCGUCUGCGCUCCAGCCCUCCGCCUCAGCUCCAGGGCGUGGAGUACGUCCUCAACGUGACGGCCACGGACGACAACGCCUCGGGCGGCCCUCACGCCCUGUCGUCCACCGCCCAGGUGGUGGUCGGCGUGGACGACGUCAACAACAACAAGCCCGUCUUCGAGAAGUGCCAGCAGUACCGCGAGAAGACCAGGGUUCUGGAGAACCAGCCGGCCGGGACCUUUGUGCUGCAGGUUGAGGCGGCGGACGCCGACGAGGGUUCCAACGGCAAGGUCACGUACGGCUUCAUGCACAAAGACUCCACCGUGCCCGCCUUCAGCAUCCACCCCGACACAGGGACGAUUGUCACGGCCCGCAAAUUUGAUCGCGAACGCCAGCGGGAGUACGCGGUGACGGUGACGGCCACCGACCGGGCCAACGACCCGCUGAUUGGCAUCUGCCAGCUCAAUAUUCUCAUCGUGGACCAGAACGACAACAGCCCCAAGUUUGAGAACAUUCGCUACGAGUACUUCCUUCGAGAAGACACCAUGAUCGGGACCAGUUUUUUGAGAGUGGCGGCCCACGACGACGACUUUGGAACCAACGCCGCCGUCACCUACUCCAUGUCCGACGAACAACCGGAGUACCUCAGGGUAAACCCGUUGACCGGCUGGGUGUACGUCGACCAGCCCAUCUCGCAGAGGACCUACAUCACCCGUGAGAUCGUGGCCACCGACGGCGGGAACAGAAGCAGCUCCGUGGAACUGGCCGUGACCAUCACCAACGUGAAGAACCAACCGCCGCAGUGGGAGAAGGAAAGCUACGCCGUGGUCAUACCCGAAAACACCGUGCGCGACACGCCCGUCGUGACCAUCAAGGCCACCUCCCCACUGGGGGACCCCAGGGUGACGUAUAAUCUGGAGGACGGCAUGGUCCCGGAGACCAACAUGCCCGUCCGCUUCUACUUGACGCCUAACCGUGAAGACGGCUCAGCCUCCAUCCUGGUGGCGGAGCCUCUGGACUACGAGACCACCCGAAACUUCAUGCUGAGGGUUCGAGUCCAGAACGUAGCCGCCGUCCCGUUGGCUGCCUUCACCACCGUCUUCGUCAACGUCACAGAUGUGAACGACAACGUCCCAUUUUUUACAUCCUCCAUCUACGAGGCCUCGGUGACCGAGGGCGCCCAAUCGGGAACUUUGGUGUUUCAGGUGUCCGCCAACGACUUGGACUUGGGCCUCAACGGGAAGAUCGCCUACUCGCUGCUUGAGGAUCGUAGCGGCGAUCACCAGUAUUUCCGCAUCGACCCCGAGUUGGGUUUCAUCUACACGCAGACCGUUUUUGACCGGGAAACCAAAAGCUCCUACCUGUUGGAGGUCCAAUCGGUGGACGGUCGGGAGUCGGCCAGACCCGGCAAACACGGGCAGCCCAAUUCCGACACGGCGUACGUGCGCGUCUUCAUCAGCGACGUCAACGACAACAAGCCGGCCUUCGCCCAGACCGCGUACGAGGUGGACGCAGACGAGGACGCCGACGUGGGAUUCGCCGUCCUCACCGUCAGCGCCAACGACGGAGACGAAGGCGGGAACGCUAAACUGCGCUACCAGAUCACGUCCGGAAACACGGGAGGUGUGUUUGACGUGGAACCGGAGGUGGGGACCAUCUUCAUCGCUCAGCCUCUGGACUACGAGCAGAAUAAAAGGUACAAGCUGCGUGUUCUGGCUUCGGACGGCAAGUGGGAGGACUACACCACCGUGGCGGUCAACGUGGUCAACAAGAACGACGAAGCGCCCGUGUUCACCGUCAACGAAUACUAUGGCAGCGUGACGGAAGAACUGGAUGGCUCGCCCGUCUUCGUCUUGCAGGUGACAGCGUCCGACCCGGACAAGGACGCAGACCAGGAGGCCCUCCGCUACUCCCUCCACGGCCAGGGCGCCGAGAGCGAGUUUGUCAUCGACGAGGCGACGGGCAAGAUCUACGCUCAGCGGACGCUGAACCGCGAGGAGCGCGCCGCCUGGCGUUUUGUGGUGUUGGCCACGGACGAAGGGGGCGAGGGCCUGACGGGCUUCACCGACGUCAUCAUCAACGUGUGGGACAUCAACGACAACGCUCCCGUCUUCACCUGCGGGUCCAGUUGCCGCGGCGACGUGGCCGAGAACUCGCCGGCCGGCACCUCGGUGAUGGAGAUGACGGCCACCGACCUGGACGACGCGGCCGUGGGCCAGAACGCCGUCCUGUCCUACAGGAUUCUGGGCAGCUUGGACGGGACGGGGGGCGUUGCCGCCUUCUCCGAGAUGUUUGCCAUCAACCCCGCCACUGGCACCAUCACGGUGGCCUUGGGCGGUCUGGAUCGGGAGCAGGUGGAGGCCUACAUGCUGGUGGUGGAAGCCCGGGACGGCGGAGGCAUGGCGGGAACGGCCACGGCGACCAUCCAGGUCACGGACGUCAACGACCACGCGCCCAGAUUCCUCCAACACGUGUGCCUGGCCAGGAUCUCGGAAAACGCCGAGCCCAACGCUGAGGUUCUGGAGUUGAAGGCCGAGGACCGAGACACGGGAGAAAACGGCCAGCUGACAUUCAGCGUGGUGGCCGGAGACCAGGAGCAAAAGUUCUACGUGGUCAGCAACAAAGCGGAGCAGCGGGGAAGCCUCAGACUCAAGAAGCGACUCGACUACGAGAGACACGGCGAGCAGAGCUUCAACCUCACCAUCAAGGUUGAAGACUUGGAUUUUUCCAGCCUGCUUCACUGCGCGGUUGAGGUGGACGACUACAAUGACCACGCCCCGGUCUUCAUCCCGCACUUUUUGUCUCUGGGCCCCCUGUCAGAGGACGUCCCCGUGGGGACCAACGUGGCCCGCUUGGUGGCCAGCGACUUGGACUCGGGUCAGAACCGCCAGCUGCUCUACAGUCUGUCUCGAGACUCGGACCCGGACGGGCUCUUCGCCGUGGACCAAUCGGGCGUCCUGACGGUGGCCCGGCCGCUGGAUCGCGAGAGGGUGGCCCAGCACCACCUGGUGGUCAUCGCCACGGACCGCGGGGUGCCCGCUUUGUCGGGUAGCGCCACGGUGGAGCUCCCACUGCUGGACAUCAACGAUAACGGGCCGCAGUUUGAAGCCGAGUACGCGCCGGUGGUCUUUGAGAACCUUCCUGGACCUCAGGUUGUAGCCAUGAACGAGACGUCCACGCUGCUGCGGGCGGUGGACCGCGACUCCCCGGAGAACGGCGCCCCGUUCCGUUUCGCUGUCCCGGACGACUAUCGGCACGACAACGACUUCUACCUGAAGGACAACCUGAACGGGACGGCCACGCUGACGGCGUUGCGGACGUUCGACCGCGAGCGUCAGAAGGAGUUCCUCAUCCCCGUGGUCAUGAGCGACAGCGGGCAUCCCGCCAAAACGGUCACCUCAACGCUGACCGUCACCAUCGGCGACCACAACGACCACCCGCACGUCGCCGGCGAGAAGACCGUCUUCAUCAACACGCACAAAGGCCGCAUGCCCACCACCGUUCUGGGAAAAGUGUACGCGCCCGACCCGGACGACUGGGACAACAAGACGUACGUCUUCGAGGGACACGUACCUACCUACUUCAUCUUGAACAAGCGCACGGGCUUCGUGAUCAUCAAGGAGAACACCCCGUCCGGCGACUAUCAGUUCCUGGUGCGCGUUUCGGACGGCGUGUGGCCCGACGCCGUCUCCGCCGUAACGGUGCACGUACGAGAGCUGCCCGACGCCGCCGUGCACAACUCGGCGUCGCUCCGCCUCGCAGACAUGACGGCCACGGAGUUCCUGGAGCCCAGGGGCAAGCAGCGCAGCCGCUACGAGCUGCUGUCCGACUUCCUGUCGGAGAUGCUGUCGGCCGCGGCGUCCGACGUCAACGUCUUCGGCCUGAGCGAGGUCCCCGGACGCAUGCUGGACGUGCGCUUCGCCGUGCGCGUCGGCGCCGCCUUCCUGCCCCCUGAGAAGAUGCACGGAUAUCUGGCGGCUCACAAGCAAAAGCUUCAGUCCUUCCUGCAGGUGCGGGUCUACCAGGUGCGCGUAGACGAGUGCCCGCGGUCAGAGUGCGGCGCCGGGGCGGGCGGCUGCGCCAGCGCGCUGGGCGUCCAGGACACGCCGGCCGUGGUGGACUGCGGCCCCGUGGCUUUGGUGUCCGUCACGGUGGAGGCGGCCGCCGUCUGCGCCUGUCCGGGCCGCCAGCAGGCGCAUCGGCCUUGCGACGCCUACCCCAGGAACCCGUGCUUCAACGGGGGCGUGUGCGUGGACACCCAACACGGCUACAGGUGCCAAUGCCCGCCGGCCCAGUUGGAGGGUCCCGAGUGCCAGCAGAACAAGCGCAGUUUCCACGGCAACGGCUACGCCUGGUUGCCUCCCAUGACGCCGUGCUUCGAGAGCCACAUCUCGCUGGAGUUCAUCACCGAGGUGCCCGACGGCCUGCUGCUCUACAGCGGGCCCCUGGCGCAACUGCAGGCCUGGGACUACGAGGACUUCAUGGCUCUCGAACUCAUCGACGGGACGCCCUCGCUGAAAAUCAACCACGGCUCCGGCACGGUGGUGUUACAGUUGCCUGGCAACAUCAACGUGGCCGACAGGCGCUGGCAUCGGCUGGACGUCCGCAGCAACAGCAAGGAAGUUCGCUUCACCUUGGAUCGCUGCUCAGGGGCGGCCGUCAAGGAAAUGGAAGGUCUGGGAAGUUGGCUGACCACUGAGGAUCACUCGUCCUGCGAAGUCACCGCCACCACGCCCAACACCGACCGAUACCUGAACACGAGUCAAGUGUUGCAAGUGGGCGGAGUCAACGAGGAUAUUCCCUACAUUUACCCUCAGCUUCAACACAAGCACUUCACGGGAUGUCUACGCAACCUCGUCGUGGAUAGCAAGCUGUACGAUCUGAGCUCCCCGGCCGACUCGCAGUCCAGCUCGCCGGGCUGCCAGGCCACCGACGGCAGCUGUGUCAACAUGGGCUACCCGUCGUGCGGACGCCGCGGACACUGCCAUGGAGAGUGGGGCUCCUUCAGCUGCCAGUGUGUGCCCGGAUACAGCGGGCAGCAGUGUGAAGAGGAGGUUCCCGAGUACUCCUUCGACGGCCACAGCCACGUGCGCUACCAGCUGGCCUCGCCCUUGCCGGCCCGCAGGACGGCGGUGCAGAUCCUGCUUCGAACCCGCAAGCACAGCAGCACCCUGCUCAGUCUGAGCUCCAGAGAGCAGAGCGAGUACCUGAGACUGGAGAUUGAUCAGGGCCUGCUGGGUGUCUUCUACAACUUGGGCGACGGCGACCACAACCUGAGCGUUCCCACGUACCGGCUGGACAACGGGGAAUGGCACCAGGUGGCGCUGGAACGCCACGACAACGAGAUGACGCUGCGGCUGGACGCCGGCGGCGGCCGACGGGAGGUGACGGGGGCGCCGGGACGCAGCCGGGAGAUCGUCAUCGACCCCACGUUGGUGGUGCUGGGCAACGCUUUCCCCUCCGCCCUCAAUAAGAGCUUCCAGGGCUGCAUGAGGGAUCUGCGGCUGAACGGUCGCCACCUGCCGAUGGACGGCCAGAGCUGGCGGGAAGGCGUUUCGCAGAUCAGCGCGCAAGGCCUCUCCUUGGGGUGCCCCUCUGACUCGUGCAGAAGGAACCAGUGCAGCCCGCCCUUCACCUGCGUGGACCUGUGGCGAGUCCACGAAUGCAGAUGCCCUCCGGGCCACAUGAUCCGCGUGAACGGCAGCCGCAAAUCCUGCGUGUACACGAUGUGCGCCACGCGCCCGUGCCACCGCGGCACCUGCGUGGCGCAGUCGCCGACCAAGUUCACCUGCCAUUGCCCCGACGGCCACCGGGGGCGCUUGUGCGAGACCGCGCUGGCCGUCUACAGCGACGACGUCGGCCUCAGCUUCGGCUCGCUCUUCGCCAUCUGCAUCUGCUUCAUGGCCCUUCUCGUGCUGCUGCUGGGCAUUUUCCUGUACACACGCUGGAGGAGCUACAAGGGCCUGAAAGAGGGCGUGUACCACGUGUCGGCGCACCACGACGGCUGGGAGGACGUGCGAGAGAACGUCCUCAAUUACGACGAGGAGGGCGGCGGCGAGGAGGACCAGAACGCGUACGACAUGGCCGAGCUCCAGAAGUCUCUGCAGCCCAGCCCGGCCCAGUCGGUGCAAUACUGUCGAUCCCGGGCGCUGCACCACCCGCCGCCGCCGGCGCCGGCGCAUCACCAGCACCACCUCCACCUCCUCCACCAGGCCUCGACGCCCCCGGCCUGCGUCCAGCCGCCGGACCCCCUCAGCAGGACGGCCAGCUCCGCCACGCCGCCCCCGUCGGCGUCCGCCUCGGGGACGGCCUGCGGGCCGCGGCGGGACGUGCCGCCCGCGCGCUUGCCGGCCCAGGGGCAGCCCCCCCGGCUGGGCCGGCGCUCGCUCUCCUUCUCCAGCCAGGAUCUGGCCCGCUACCUGUGCGAGAUCAUCCGCGACGCCGACCAACACCCGGACACGGGGCCCUUCGACUCCCUGCAGGUCUUCUCCACCGAGGGCGGCGGCUCCCCGGCGGGCUCGCUCAGCUCCUUCAGCUCGGCGGGCUUGGACGCCGGCGACGGGGCGGCCGACGGCCGGCGCGAGGAGACGCUCGGGGAGUGGGGGCCGCGUUUCGAGAAGCUGAGGGCGCUGUACGAGCGGGCCGAGGCCAGUGACCUCUAAGCGCAGGGGACCCUCUCGAGGGGGAAAGGUGACCCUCACGCAAACACACACACACACACACAUACAGACUCUCGAUGUUAUUUGCUGUCAAUCAAUCACCUGGAUAAUGGAACGUGCCAUUUGAGCACUGACUUGGGAUGGGCCGGCGGACCCACGCCGUCGCCGUCAUGGACGUCAACCGAGGGCCCUUAAAUGUGAAAACAAAUCUUUUUUAUAUAUGUAUAUAUGUAUGCAGGCACAGCAGAGACACCUAAAAAUGUAUUUUUGGCCUCUUUGCCUGUUUCUUGUUGUGUAAAUAAUCACCAAAUGGCCACUUUAUUAGGUACACAGACAAGCACGCAUAUGUAAUGGGAUGGGGGUGGAUUUGAUCUGUUCCUGGGUCAAAACCAUCAAAAACAUAACUACUCAGCACAUUGGUCAGAAAUGUGAGUGAAAGAUUGUGAACAAAUGAAAAGAAUAUUCAUUGUUAAAAGAAAGAAAUAGUCAAAACGUGGUGAGAAAUUGAAAAGCGGUCAAAUGAAAAUGCGUGCGAUGAAAAUUUACUAAAAGAUUGAAACGAAAAUAGUAAAAAUGUUUUGGAGAAAAUAUGAACAGCUUUUAAAAUGACUUGAUGAUUGUUCUCGAGAGGCGAGUCCUUCACGUAACGGUUUGCCAGUGGGCUUUUUUCAACCUUGAUUUGGAAUCGUUAGCAACGGCUAUGCUAACGUGUCACUUCACAGCAUCUCUCCGACGUGGAACAGUUUUGCUCACGAUGAUCUUUUUGUGUGACGGUUCUGAAAGGGAGCUUUUUUUCUACCUUUUUUUUGAGUCCUCAUGUUUGCCCAGGAACAGACUGUCCACCUGCAUUAUUCCCUUUGUUAUUUUUUUUUUCUUGCUACAAAUCUCUUCUGUGCCAAAUAAACUGACCCAAGAUGGCGCGUGACACGUUUACAAGGAGUCGCGCGUGUCGACGGCGUGUUUUCUCACGCGACGUCUAGCUACUUGAUCUUGCGCUCUCGUUCUUGUCUCCUUUUGCAUUGCGACAGCCAGGGAACAAAGCGGCUGCUUGCAGAAGGACUGGCUGGCUGGCGGGCUGGCGGCAAAAUAGCACAUGCCAAAACGCUCAAGGACACGCGUGACACAAGCAGGUCGCCGUUCUGGCCCGGCCUCGUCUCGCUGCUUUGCCGCCGCGAAGAAAAGGUGAUUGUUGUUAUUGCGCUGAUUAAAACAAAAAUCAUAAAUGAUCAUCAAAGCAGCAAGAAGUUAAUAAUUGUGGCUCUUUGUUUUCCUCCUCACUCGUUUGCUUCUCCGAUCGAUGUUACCGAGAAAAUGGAUGACCCUUUUCAUUCAUUAUGAAACCAUUUGCACAAUUUGGACCCCAACUCGUCUAAACGUUCUCUUCUGAUUAAUAUUGCAUUUGAGGAAUAUGGAUGAAGGAGAUGAACGCACCCAUCUCAGGGGGUGGCCAUUUUUACCUCUACCGCCCCCUGCUGGAGACGAGACUUGCCCCCAGGGCGAACAUUGCCAACGUCAGGGCUCGCCUCUUUUCUGGGUUUGGUGACGAGAUUUUCUCGAGUCAAGACAAAAAGCCCAGUCAUUACAACCUUUGUGGUAUUUAUUGAAAUUUUCCUCGUUUUCACAAAUAUUUGGAACAAUUUUCAAGGGCCCAUUUCCAUUCAAAAACACAGAAACAUUUUGCUGUAUUUUUUAGUGGAUUGUUUCUGCUAAGUGGCCAUUUUUCCAGUAAAGCCCUUCCUCUCGUCUUGUACCCAAUUUACCCAAUUGCCGAGCUCGCAAUGAAGAGAGCUGCAGGGAGCUGUUUUAUCUCCUCGCUCACCUCCGCCUGCUGACCCCCUCAACCCCCAAUCAAUGACGGCAAAAACAUUUAACAGGCCGCCAAGACAAACACCCCCACCGCUCUGCGUCGCAGCGUGUUUGCGAGGCAGGACAAUAGCAAGAUUGACAAUGUCAUCAAGUGCCUGAUUUGUCGGUCCACCGAGGCGGGGGCAGGUUGUCCGUCGCACAUCGUCACAUGGAAGUAUUCUUCAAAUUGAUGGAGAAAACUUAUGCCACUGUUUCGAUGUUUCGAUGUCAACUGAAAAAGGUUUAUGGAAAGAACUGCCUCAAGGCUACAUGGACAAAAGUAUUGAGACACUUCCAGGAUAAAGGCCAUAAUAAUGUGAUGUCAAAAAAGUUCACCAACAUUCAGCUUGAUGACUCAGUCGAGCACUCUCGCCCCAAAUUUAUCCAAACAUGUGGACAGCAAAUGAUGGAUGAAGAGACGUGUCCCAAAACUUUUGUCCGUGCGGUUUUCACGAAGGAUGUUUUUCUUUUGACUUUGGGUCUUUUCAUUUCUUGCAUUGUCAUUUUGAGGGCACGCAUGUUGUGCUUUUUCGCCCGACCUUGUACAUAAGGAGAGGAAAAGAUUCUUUACGUGACACACUCGCUCUUGCUGCCUGCGACAAACAGGAGAAAGCGAGAGCCAAGUGGAAAACAAACAAGUGAACAAAAAAAAAACUAAAUCAUUUUCUAAAAGUGGUGUGUGAUGAUGAGCUUUGAAGAGUUUUGUGCUUUGUAUUUGCUCUCAUUUGUUUUCCUCAAUAAACUUCAUUUGUUUGCACUGCUGCAAAAUACAAAA